CCCACGGCGGCCACUACCAGCCACGGAACACGAGGCGCGCCGGCGAAGCACGCGCGAUCUGCAGCGUAGCACGACCGUUCGUCGAGCGGGACCUUGGGACGUGCAUCGCGUUGUCUCCUGUGGGUGCCCGCAUGGUACCGUGUGUUCGAAGUUGUUCUUCUUCGUGUGACAGCGCCUUCUUGUUGUCGUUGAAAAGAUAAAUUGUAAGGAGAUUGCUUUCAUGGCGUGUUUUCAAGGCGCUUUGUGAAAUGCGUCUCAAAUGAGAACGUUUCAUUCUUCUGAACGCGCCACAGCUAAUGCAUGGUAGAACAGAAAAUUGCGUACGGCAUAACUUAUCCUUUGCAUAGUGCUUUUUUUACUGCUUUGACUCCCGUGGAAAGACGCGACGACUAUUGAUGAACAGUGGUUUGUCUACAAUGUGCUGUUUUCGAAGUGCCUGCGCAAAAGAUAGCGCAUUUGGAUCGCCCUCCUGCUUAACGACGGGGAUAAAAUUUGUGUUUGCGUUAUGCCAUUCGGCGAAGAUGGUGUUGAUUCGGUCGCCGCUUAACAUAUGUGCCAAAAAUUUGAAGUAUUGUACACCCGUGAAACAACUUUAAAAAUGGAGUCUGGAAUCGAGAUGGUCCUCUUGAGCGAACAGGAAAUGACGUCCCCCAACACCAGUUUCCAAGACGGCGAUCCGCACGCAGGCGAAAACGCUUCAGCAGCGUCGCUAGCCGUGGGCGAAGAGCUGACGUUCAGCACGCAUUCACUAGUGCAGGUGAUCAUUUACUGCAUCCUGUUCGUUAUAGCCGGAGCCGGCAACGUGCCGGUGUUCGUCAGCUUGCUCAACAAGCGGCACCGCAAGUCUCGCAUCAAACUCAUGAUCCUGCACCUCGCCAUCGCCGACCUGAUCGUGACGUUUGUGAUGAUUCCGCUCGAGGUUGCCUGGAGGCUCACGGUCCAGUGGGCGGCGGGGAACGUCAUGUGCAAACUGAUGCAGAUGCUCCGUGCGUUCGGCCCCUACCUCUCGUCAAUGGUUCUCGUGUGCAUCAGCGUGGACCGAUAUUACGCCGUGCUGCACCCGCUCAAGGUGCACAGCGGCCAUCGCCGAGGCAGGAUAAUGCUCACUGUCGCCUGGUACGCGAGCCUUAUCUGUAGCAUACCACAGGCAUUCAUCUUCCACGUGAUGGAACAUCCAGCGAGGCCGGGUUUCUACCAGUGCGUGACGUUCGCCUCGUUCCCUUCGCCGGCACACGAGAAGGUGUACAAUCUGCUGUGCCUGCUGGUGCUUUACGGCGGGCCACUGGCCGUCAUCGUGCUCUGUUAUACUCGCAUCUUCUGGGAAAUCCAGCGCCAGUCCAGGGAGGGACAAGGUGAGGACGACGAAAGUGCCGGUAGUGGCGAAGUCUGUACGCGUGGACGCCUUAGGCUGCGUCGUUCGGACAUGCGCCAAAUGCAGCGCGCGCGCAACCGCACGCUCAGGCUGACGAUCAUCAUCGUGUUGGCCUUCUUCCUGUGCUGGACACCGUACGUGACCAUGGUGCUGUGGUAUCAAAUAGACCCGAGUGGUGCCGAGCAUGUCAACGGCUAUCUGCAGUCUUCACUGUUCAUGUUUGCCGUGUCCAACUCAUGCGUUAAUCCACUCGUCUAUGGCAGCUACACCAAGAGCUUCAAGCGCAUCCUGGCACAGGUCGACUGCUGGCUGUGCAAGGUACGGGGAGGGAACUAUCCUGCGUGCGCCAAGAUUUCAGCGCCAACGCCUCUGUCCCAAGCUGCUUGCCACACGAGAGCGCCUGCAUUGGUGGUGACGGAACCAGCGGGUGGUUCCAAGCAACGCUGCUUACUCUGUGCCCCUCCUAUUGCCAGUAAUAUUCGCGAAUUCCAGCUGCAAUGCUACCAGCCAGCUGUGCACUGUGCUUACGCUUCAGUUACGAACAACGUUGGUGACAGUUCAGUUUUGUGGAAAGCGAGGAGCUACUCCACCAUGUCUCACAGGAACAGUGCUGUUACCGUACUGCAAAACGGUGAUCCUGAACGCGAACGCGGUUGCCGUGUUGGAAGGAGUGCCACCCAAAGAGAACCUUGCAGCUUGUGAAUAGCUGUGUGAUUGACUGCCCGAAUAUUCUCUUUACUGAUCUAUCGGGAGACCUUUUCCCUACUGGCCAUAAAGCAAGAAACCGCAGUGUUUGCCAAA